AUGCCGAUUAGCGAUCUUGAAAAGAAAUGGACCGGUAUGAAUUUUGAUAUCGCUGCCGAGGAAAUGCGACGGCUGAAGAAGGAACCUACUGACGAGGAGAAGCUUAUUCUCUAUGGGCUGUAUAAGCAAAGCAUUCACGGCGACAUCCCGCCAAAGGAUAUUUACGAGAAACCAAAAGAUGAUGAGGUCGCUCUGAGAAAAUACGAAGCAUGGGCUGCGAGAAAAGGCCAGCACGUGCAUAGCGCUCGUGAAGAAUACGUUCGUUUUGCCGAGAAAAUGAUCCAGAAGUAUCACAGACAUAUCUAUCGUUGCAAAUGGAACAGUGAAGUAUGGUCGGUGGAUUAUUGA